AUGGCCUUGCUUCCGCCAGGGCUGCUGCUCCUCGCAAGAGGCAUUCCCAACGUCGUUCUUCCUCCUCUGUCCGUGGUUGUUACCCAUCUACUUGCACGGCGAUAUCUUGGUGUCGAUAUCCUUCCGCCCUCCCUUUCAGGAUGGCAGCAAGGCCUUGUGCUGCUGGCCAGCAUCCCGCUCACGGUUACUUUUCGCAUUUGGCGGGCCAUUAUUCGAGACAAACGCGAUGCGCGGGCCAAGGGAGCUGUUCUGCCGCCCGCCAUGCCCAGUACAAUUGGCGGUAUCGACAUUCUUCGAGAUGCGAUCAUCAAGGCGGAGACCAUGUACCCUGGAGAGGGAGUCUCUGUUCUUAGCGAACAGCUUGGACAACCAAUCAUAAAUUUGCGGAUUUUGUUCGAGAAUCGAAUGGUGACUGGGGAGCCGGAAUAUAUCAAGGCAAUACUCUCGACCCAAUUCUCCAGUUUUGAGAAAGGACCGGAUUCUCGCGAGAUGUUUGGUGACCUUCUGGGGACUGGCGUCUUUCUGGCAGACGGUGAAUUAUGGAAGUUCCACCGUGGAAUGACUCGUCCCUUUUUCAAACGCGACCGCGUCAGCGACUUCGCUCUUUUCGACCGGUACUCGCUCACCGCCAUUCACAAAAUCAAGCAACGCCUCAAUGACGGUUUUGCGGUUGACUUUCAGGAUGUCAUAACGCGUUUCGCUAUGGAUGCUUCUUGCGAGUUCCUUUUCGGCUACGACCCGCGCACUCUCGAAGCUGGCCUGCCGUAUCCACAUACCGCCAUAUCACCUAUCGCAUCGACCACAGUUCUGGACAAAGAUCAUGAAGCCGCUUUGAAGUUUACUGGUGCUAUUGCCCGUGCUCAAGAGUCGACAAUCGGGAGAGGACCAAUGGGCCCCGCGUGGCCAUUGAUGGAAUUCUGGAGCAAUAAGGUCACGAAGGAGAUGCGCGUGAUUCGACAGUUCUUGGACCCAAUUCUGCAAGCGGCGACUGCUAAGGGAAACCAAGAAAAGAUGUCCACCCAGGGUAUUAAGGACCGUGAGGUCCAGGAAGGCGAGACUCUUGUUGAUCAUUUGUCCCAUUACACACAAGACCAAACCAUUCUCCGCGACGAAAUCCUCAAUAUCGGCCUCGCAGGACGCGGCACAACGUCUAGUUUACUCACUUUCGUCAUCUACAUGCUCACCGACCAUCCCCACGUUUUGGCCAAGUUGCGCGCUGAAAUAAUGGAGACUGUCGGUCCAACUCGCGCGCCAACACCCGAUGACAUCCGCGAGAUGAAGUAUUUGCGUGCAGUCUUGAACGAAACCCUCCGACUUCAUCCUCCUGUUCCAGUCAAUAUGCGAUGCACGGCCGAACCUGUUGUCCUUCCACCCAUCAAACCCGACGCAAAACCAUUCUAUAUUCCCGCUAAUACCCAAGUCCCAUUUUCGACCAUCUCCAUGCAUCGUCGACCCGAUUUAUGGGGACCCGACGUGCUCGAAUGGGAUCCUGAGCGGUUCAUUGAUGAACGGCUACAAAAAUACCUGAUCCCCAACCCGUUCAUCUUCCUGCCCUUCAGCGCCGGCCCGCGCAUCUGUCUGGGCCAGCAAUUCGCCUACCACGAGACCUCCGUGUUCCUCGUCCGCCUCCUCCAGAGUUUCUCGGAUAUUUCGCUGGCCAUGGACGCGCAGCCGCCGGAGAGCUACCCGCCCAAGGAAUGGAAAGACCCGGCUCGUGAUUUGCUGGGGUGGAAGCGCCGAGAGCGGCUUUUUGUGAAGAGCCAUGUGACGGCGUAUAUACGAGGCGGGGUCUGGGUGCGUAUGAAUGAGGCAGAGUAG